GUAGAGGGAACAAGGCUGUGGGACAAGGAGGGAUGUUUCAUGAGAUCCAGGCUUAAGGCUUGCAAACAAGUUGAAGCAAAGCUCUUCUCAGGAUAUGAUAACAUAGGGGGAAAAGUUGCGAAUAUGUGGCAUAAAACUCGUUGAGAAACCGCCUUUUAGGGCCUUUAUAAGGCUCAGGAUGCAGAGAUCAUCAAACGAGUUGAGAGGAAGGCCUAUGCUUGACUAAGAGAGAUUUGGGAAAUCAUCUAUAGAGACCUUUGCACAUCAUAUCAAAGCAAUCAGACUUUAAUAUGUGGGCACGGUUGAGGGCCUCCAAAAUAGCCAAAGAUGCGGAGAAGUUUUCAGCCAUUGAGAAAAGUGUUAGUGUCAACGAGGAGUACCUCAAUGUCUUACGAACACAAUCCUAUGUCGAAUUCACCACUAAAGCACAAUUACUUGCAAAUGAACAUUCAGACACUUCAAAGUCCAAUAACUAUGCCAUGGAAACACUUCUCCAGCCAGAGCAAGAUGCCAUACCCUCCCUUCUAAAAGCACCAAUCUUCACAAAAGCACCAUCAGAUCUCAAACUCCUUAUCACUAGCUACUUCGAAACCAGUGCUGAAGCCUCAAGAAUAUGUGGACACCUCUUAAGAAGCAUCAAUGAGACUCAUUCCCACUACCAAUGUAUCCAGAGAAUACUUAGAAACUUUGGUGAUCACUCCCCUGCAGACAUGAAGUCCACUAUCUCUGAACUUGAUUCAUUUGCUGUUCUGAGUAAUCCAUUCCCCAAUCCAAGUCAACAAGAUUUCAAUCUAAUCCACGACCAGUACUCCUCUAUACUGCACCACCUUAAAUUGAAGAGAAAUAAAGUGGCAAGGAGGAACAAACUAAUAGAGUGCAUCAAGAAGGUGUCUGGGAUUUCCUUAACAGUCAUUUGUGGAGUGGUUGCACUGGUAGCCAUUGUCAUAGCAGUGCACUCUCUCUCUGGGUUUCUUAUGGGACCUGCACUCAUGGGUCUAUCCCCGCUUAAUCUACGAAAGAAGUUCUCAAACCUGAAAUGCUUUCAGAGUCAGUUUCUGAAGAAACUUGAGGAUCAGCUUGAUGUAGCAGCAAAAGGGACUUAUAUUUUGAACAGGGAUUUUGACACUAUGAGCAGGCUAGUUGCUAGUCUUUAUAAUGAGGUUGAGCACUAUAUAGAGAUGAUAAGGUUCUGUUUGAAAAGGAGGGAGGAUAAGUUUCCUCUUCAGGAGGUGGUGAAGGAGCUUAAGAGGAGGAGUCAUGGGUUUAAGCAACAGGUCAAGGAGCUCCAAGAGCAUGUCUGCUUGUGCCUGGUUACAAUCAAUAAAGCUAGGCUAUUAGUGAUCAAGGAAAUUUCAGCAGCAUAA